AUGAGAGAAAUUGUCCACCUGCAAAUAGGUAACUCUGGAAAUGCCAUUGGAUCUGAAUUUUGAAAAAGCCUCUUCAAUGAUCAUGGGAUAGAUAGAACCACAGGCCAGUAUAUCGAUAGUUUUGAUAAUCAGCUUGAGAGAAUUGAUACUUAUUUUAACGAAAUAUUGGGAGGGAGAUAUACUCCGAGAGCUAUUUUUGCCGAUCUCCAGCAAGAGGUAAUUGAUAAGUAUAGAACAAACGAAUAUUUUGCUCACUUGGAAUCCGAUAAUUUUCUAUCAGAAAAUAUAGUGUCGCGUGGCAAUUAUGCGCAGAAAUGAGAGCACGAUGAAUUUAAGGACCAUGUCAUGGACAUCGUCAGAAAAGAAGCUGAAAACAGUGAAUCAUUACAAGGAUUUCAGAUUUUUCACGCCGCGAGCGGGACUGCUGGAUCAGGACUAACUUCUCUUCUUCUAGAAAAUAUCAAGGAUGAAUACUCUGAUAGAAUUAUAAAAACAUCUAGUAUAAUUCCUUAUAAUGAAGCAAUGAAUUUACUUACAGAGCCAUACGAUACAAUAUUUUUACUUAAAGAUCUAAUAAGCAAUGCUGAUGUUACAAGCGUUUUUGACAUUGAAGAUAUUUAUAACUUGUGCCUAAAGAAAAUGAAGAUAUAUAAGCCCACAUGGGGAGAUAUAAAUAAUAUAGUAGUCCAAGUGCUUAGCGGGGAAUCUUUAUCUUUCAGAUUUCCUACUGACUUAUGCUCAGAUUUAAGAAAAUUUGCAUCGAAUUUGGUCCCUUAUCAAAAUUUGCAUUUUUUAAGUAAUACUAUGUGGCCACUUGUUGCUCAAGGUGCAUGUUUUUGCUAUUGUAGUAUACAAUCCACUGAAAUGCUGACCCAAAAUUUGUUCAAUAGAGAAUACCAUCCGCAUGACCCUUAUCCAAAUUCUAGAUUUGGCCCAAUUUUGAGCGCUGUAUUUACUUAUUUGGGGAAAGUCGAUCCAGCUGAGGCAGAAAUUGAAUUUUUAAAGGCCAAAGCAGAAAAUAAGAGUUGCUACUCAGAGCAGAUUCCUGAUAAUUUGAAGUAUUGGAUAUGCAAUGCAUAUACAUAUAUGACUCGCUCAGGAUAUUUUACUUAUAAUUCUGCUUUAAUAGCGAAUAUUUUUUGAGCGCAGAAAUAUAAUUUACUGAUGAAAUUUAUUAAUCCACAUAAUAAAAGACCUGAAAACUUUUAAUUACUUAUAAAUUGAAAUAUAACUUACCUUUAAAAAAGCUGUUGAUCGAUUUGACGAUUUAUACACAAGAAAAGCCUUUAUAUAUAAAUAUCAGGCUGAAGGAAUGGAUGAGUCAGAGUUUGAAGAGGCUAAAGAGGAUGCUGUCCAAUUAAUUUCUGAAUAUCAGCAGCUAAUAAAUAAUUCAAAUUCAAAUGAAUAUUUUUGUGCCUUUAUUAAAUGUGUUGUCUAG